AUGGCCGAUGACACCCAAAAUCGUUCAAGCAAAUUGAAAGAUAUGCCCGAAAAAUAUCGACAAAUUAAGGAUGAAAGUCACGAAUUUAUUCGUAAACUUUAUACCUUCACCAGAGAUUAUCAAGGCCAACUUCUGAAAUACAACGGGAUUGAGCUGGAACCUCUGGUCGACUUUCUGAUCAAGACCGGCUGCAAGGACGAAUUCGACGUGAAUUACGCCGCCGACUCCGGCGUCACACAUUUUCAUCUAGCCUGCUGGUUUGACUGCGUCGAUGCAGUCAAGGAAUUCCUCGAGGCCGGUCAAGAUCCCAAUUGCAUCGCGAGCGAAGAAGGUACACGGCUUCACUUCGCUCUGGCUUUCGAGCAGAAGGAGAUCGCCAAAUUGUUGCUGAAACACGACGCAAGUCCCAAUUUAGCCGAUGCAGAGGGUCGGACUCCUGUGCACGUUGUUUGCAAGGAGGCAUGGGAAUUACUGGACGAUGGUGGCUUGCUGGAAAUGGUAUUUGAAAUUUGCAACGAAAAUCAGCAGCUGUUGCAGAUCGAUGCCCAGGACAAGUUGGGUAACACACCAUUACACUUUGCUCUGAUCCGUAAGGACAGAAAAUUAAUUGAAUUACUGCUGAGAAAUGGCGCCAAUCCAAACUUGGCCAAUGCGGAAGGAUCGACUUUCCUGCAUGUUUGUUGUCAGGAUCGUCAUGAUGACUACGACGCUUUGGACGUAUUCUUUGAGGUCACCGACGACGUGCAGCAGUCGGUGCAAAUCGAUGAUCGAGACAAGUUGGGCCGGACACCGCUACACUUAUGCGGGGCUGUAGGCGUCGCCGAGCAACUUAAAAAUAGAGGAUACGAUUUGGAUAGAUGCGAUGUCCGAACGAUCAUGAAAUUUUUCGCCAAGCAUGGAUUGUUUAAAAAGGUGAUAGAUCUUAAAAAAUGUUGGUACGACGCAUUAGGAGCUUUGCACUGUGAAUCUGUGCGAGAUGAUGUCAAGAAGAUUUUUCCGGGACUGGGCGCUAGAUUGUUUCUGGGAGUUGAUACGAGACUGACUACAGGAUCUCUGCUGCGAUAUGAUCGUCAAGAAGCUAAGGAAUGA